CUCAGGCUCUUUAUCAUCACCUCCUGGACAAACUUCAUAGGAAUUUUGUGACAGCUGUCAAUCAAACAAGGUCGUGCUGCGGUGAUGAGCUAGCCUGAGAAUUAUUUUUCAGUGGUGAAACAUGGAGCGGUUUGUUUCAACUGUAAAAUGUCUCACAGAGAACCUGCUGCAGAAACAUCUGACAGAUUAUGAUGAGGUGAUCGAGAAACUGUUCUCUGAAAUCUCUGGCCUGGAGGAUUUCCCCAAAAUACCAGAUCCACAGCUUGAAGAGUGUGCCAUCCAGCUGUGGAAUUGGGCAGUUACUAAGAAUGUGGGCACCAGUAUAAGUAAAAAUCAGAAAGCCAAAGUGCGUCAUGUUGCAUGCAGUCUGCUGUACUGCUGUGAGCCUGGGAAUCCAACAGAGGGCGUUGUCCGCAAGCAAAUCCUGAUGGCCAGCAAAACAGGGAGAACCUGGCUGGACUGCAAAAAUCCCCAGAUGGCAGAUAACUUCUUAAGGCUUGCUGUUAAGAGCCUGGAAACCCUCUAUAGCCAGCUGACGUCCAGAGGUGACGGUGCUGCUGACAUCAUUUCAUCCAAAGGGGAUGUAGAGAAGGAUCUGCUUCGAAUUCUCUCAUAUCAGGCAGAAUCGGCCAUAAGUCAAGGGAAUAACCAUGAGGCUUUGGCCUACAUGCAGCGCUGUAAAGACAUGCUGCUGCGGCUACCAAAAGAUACUGCGUACAUCUCCCUUAUGUGCUACAACUUUGGAAUAGACACUUACAAUCUGAGAAAGUUUGAGGACAGUGCAGUUUGGUUGAGCCAAAGCUAUGACGUUGGGAGAAUGAACGUAAAAUACGCCCCUGGAUCUGAAAUCCAGGCCAAGGUUUUGAGGCUCCUUGCCACUGUUUAUUUAGAGUGGGACUGUCAGAGGUUUCAGGACAAGGCCCUUAAUGCUGUCAACUUAGCCAACAAGGAAUGUGUAAGUGCCUCUGGGCUGUACUUAAAAAUCAGAAUAUUCCUGAGAUGUGGGGCCUCAGAUGAUCAUAUCAGAGCAGGACUUCAUGAGAUGCUGGAAGCUAAGGUUUCUCUUGAAGUGUGUCUGAGCGCAGUGAAACUACUCAUAUCUGAAGACAGAGAAGUGCUGGCAUUUGAGUAUUUGAAACGUGUAUGUCAGCACUUUGAGUCUUCCCCUGACCUGGGCACUGCUCUUGUGUUGCACAUUGAGCUGCUGCUGCAAAGAGGCAAGGAGCUGUUGGGCAAACAGAAGAUAGAGGAUAUCAUCACUGGCCACUAUACAGGAAAACAGCUGACUCCACAGGCCCUCACAAGUCUACAUGUCAUGCUGUGGGAUAAAGCGUCCAAACACUUUGAGGCCAGGAACUAUUCUGAGGCUCUUCAGUGGUAUAACUACUCCUUAAGUUUCUUUAAGGCAGGUCAGAUGGAGCCCAACUCAGCCAAACUGCAGAGGAACAGAGCUUCCUGUUUCCUGCAACUUAAGCAACUGGAAAAGGCUAAAGAAGCAAUUAAAGAAGCAGAGAGAUGUGAUCCUGACAGCAUUUUCACCAAGUUCAGUGUUUACAAGAUUGCAGUGCAGGAGAACAAUGUGGAGAAAGCUGCAGAGGCAGUGAAUGCGAUGGGACUUCUGUGCAGGAAUCCUGUGGCCAAUGAGGACAGACUGCUGGUGUCUGAAAAUGCUGCUUCCUAUCUCCUCAGUCUGGCUGCUCAGAUUGCUUUGGAGGGCUUCAAAAACCUGGGUUUAGUCUUCAACAGUGAUACCUGCAGCUUGAACAGAUGCACAGUUGAACACAGUUGGCAGAAUUUGAAAAACUGGUUGAAUGAACAGCAGGAAACUGCCAUGAAGGCACUGGAGAGUUUGUGUGAAAACUCCAAAGAUGAAGCUCAGGUUCUGACUGCUCUCAGGUGUUUGGUUCGACUUGUGCUCUUCACAAUAGAAAAAUCUAAUGAUGACAUGAGGAAUGUGAAUCUGGAUGUCCUGCUGCCAUAUCUAAAAAUGGCUCUGCAGAAAGUUUCACACCAGUCUCUCAUGACUGUUGAGCAACGCGCAGAGGAAGCUAACUGGUUCAGGAAGAUUGCUUGGAACUCGGCUCUGCAGUGCGAGAGCAGCCCCGACAGAAUAAGGGAUUUCUUUGUGCUCUCUUACCAGCUCUCCCAGCUGUGCCCUCCUGAUCGCACACUGCUCAUGGGCCAGAAGACAUGUCUGCUAAUGGCUGCCGCUGCCUCUUUGGAGCUCUGCAGAAAGUCUCUUCUCUCUACCCAGACUGAGGAGCUCACUCAGGCUCUGGAGCACAUUCAGAUUUGUUGGGAGAUCUGGAAUACCCUGAAAGCAUCAGGGAACUUCCCAAUGGACCCAACAGACACGCUGCUGCUGCUGUAUGAAUUUGAAGCUCGUGCGAAGCUGAAUGACCCCAAGGUUGAGACGGUACUUGAGUCUGUCUUGGAGCUUGAAAAUGUUGAAACCAAGGUGCUUGAAACCAUUGCAGCUUUAGCCAUGGAGCCUCCAGCCCACUUCCCUCUGCUAUGUAAGAAGGCCUUGAGGGUUGCUCUCUCUCUGCAUAAGAAACAACCACAGACUGACCUGGCGCGCUGCAGCAAGUGUGUUCACAGCCUGAUCAAGCUGUCCCUCCCGACCGGUGUGUCAGAGGUGGAGGCCCAUGUGCUCAAGGAGGUGUGGGACUACUAUGAGGAGGCCCUGUCCAUCAUUGCAGCCGCACCGGACGACUUCCCAGAGAUGGAGACCCUGUGGUUGCUGACUCGGGCUUGGAACACAGGGAUAUUGCUGUACAGCCUGGCUCAGUAUCCCGAGGCUGAGAAGUGGUGUGGCCUCGCCAUGAGCUUCGUCCGCCACCUGGGAUCCCUGCAGGACAGUUAUGAGACACAGAUGUCUGGUCUCUACAGUGAAAUCCUGGAUAGGUUGGACAAAGCCAAGAAGAACCUCAUCAUGGAAGAAUAACCAAACUGGGACAGGUCAGCUGUUAGGUGCCUGUUCUGAGGGUACUCCUAAAUUGACUCAGUUCCAUCAGUUUGUUGCAGCUAAAUGUUAUUAAUGUUGUUGUAGUAAGUCCAUCAGAUAUUGCAGUUUCAUAAAUUGUUGCUUUAAAUCUGUACAAUUGUGAGACAUCCUGGUAGACUAGUGGAUAAGACAUAUAGCAAAUUCGUUUCUGUUCCUGGGACUUUUGUUUCAUGUUACCACCCUUUCUCUCUCUCCCUAAUGUUUGUUGCCUUCUGUAAAUAAAAGGCUAAAAUCCCAACAAA